AUGCAGUCUCAGCACGGCGAGAAUUGGGCUGAGUACAGUGCCCAGUCCUCUGCGCGACAGGACUCGUUCUUCGACUUGGCGAUUCCUCGCGCGAACACCAUGCACAACUACAUCGACAUGGACAGCGACGAAAUCAACCUGGUCAUCUCGGACUCGAUCGUCAAGGUCAUCAUCGGCGAGAUGAUGUUCCGCCCCGAGGACGAGGUUGCGGCCUUGGAGGCGGACGAUGACGACGGGGAAGAACUCACGGGCAUCGACGCUCGCAACCGAAAGAUCGCCAAGCUGCGGCGCAGAUCCCCGCUGUGA